AUGGCUCGUCGCGUCGUCUCUCGGUUAUUCGCUCCAUACCACUUGCUAGUCGCGCUCGUCCUCGUCUCGCUCCUCCUCUCCCUGCUGCCCUCCUCUCACGCGCAGCAGCCGGGCAUAUCGACGAAGAUGGCGAGGGAGAUUCAGCAGGCCAAGAAGCAGCUCAAGAAGAUGCGGAUUUUCGGACCAAUCAACGACGUCAUCGACCUGAUACUGACGUCUCUGAUCCCGCUGAACGGGGUGACCAUCCUGCUGCCGCUGCACGCGCGCACCAUCCGCUUCUUCAUGGCGGCCUUCUCCUCGCAGAAGCAGCAGCAGCUCAUCGCCUACCACAUCCUGCAAGGCCGCUACGACUACCGCCGCCUGCGCUACCAGCCGCGCGGGCGGCGGCUGAGAACACUGGAGGGCACGAGCCUGGUGAAGCGCGGGCGCAAGGGCGGGCUGCUCGUGGCCGUCAAGGGCAAGGGUGGCGCGCCCGUGCCGAUUGUGAUGCCGAAUCUGUUCAACGGGUCGCAGUUCACCAUCCAUGCCGUGUCCGAGAUGGUCGUCCCACAUGAUAUUUAUUGA